CAUCCGCUCGUAUCGUCUCUCCAAGUGUCCAGAUCUGAUCCGCCCCGCCUCCGUCUCCGACCAACCACCGCCGCCCCCACCCAUUCCUCUCCUCUCCAUCUCUCUCCCUCCCCCAUUCUUCCACCGGCAUGGCGGAGCAACUCAUCUCCACGGCCGUGCACCACAUGCUUCCCGACAUCUAAGUCCGCUCGGAGGCGGAGCGGUCGCGCCUCGACGAGGUCAUGCCCGAUGCCGACAUCCCCGUCAUCUACCUCACCGACCCCGACCGCACCGCCGUUGUCUCCCAGAUUGGCGCCGCCUGCACCUCCCAUGGCUUCUUCCUGGUUCUGAUUCCCAUUCUGUCCCACUUGCAUGGUGCUCUGUUUUCGACACAAAUGGCGUUGCUCUGCUUUCGCUCACAGUGCGUGGUUUCUGAUCGCCAGGUGCUCAACCACAGGCUGCAGGUGGCGCACGACUUCUUCCGCCUCUCGCUGGAGGAGAAGGCGAAGCUCUACUCCGACGACCCCGCCAAGAAGAUGCGGCUAUCCACCAGCUUCAACAUGCGCAAGGAGACCGUCCACAACUGGCGCGACUACCUCCGACUGCACUGCUACCCGCUCGAGCAGUUCGUGCCGGAGUGGCCGGCCUAUCCACCGCCCUUCAGUUUGCUAUGACGCGGACAAGCUGCUCCUGUAGGUGGAGGAUUCCUCAUGGGUGAUCAACAUAUCUCUACUACCCUCACACAUGAUGCAAUAUUUCUAGCUGAGGGAGUACAAGUAGACUCUUAAUGGUUACAUGGAUAGAAAACGGUGAAUUACGAAGCCAAGUGUGAAGCUGUGAAGUGUAUCAACAAAGAGUAGCAUAUGUAUUGUAAUAGUAGGCAGUAGUAGGCAUAUUUGGGUUGUGGUGUAGUGUAAAGAUUGUAAUAGACAAAAUUAAUGUUGGUUUGGACAAAUUUAUUUGCUCCCUAGCCUAUUUGAAAUAUUGAUUGUGAACGUGAUUUGAAUACCUAUGAAAUGGAAACUUCACAAGGGGGGCCAAGUUAUGAUA